AUGUGGAGCAAGGCGGGAAUCCUUCUGUUCAUUCUACAUGCUGUGUGUGGUCAGAGCAGCAUCAGGUGGUGCACCAUCUCAGAUUCCGAGCAGAAAAAAUGUGAGGCCAUGUCCCUAGCUUUUACCCAGGCCUCCAUUCGACCAUACCUCAACUGCAUCCGUGGCACUACAGAGGAGAACUGCGUGCAGAAGCUCCAGGCAAAUGAGGUUGAUGCUUUGUCCAUGUUUGCCCCUGACAUCUACAAACUGGGAAAGAGUGCCUCAUUCAAGAUAGCUGCCAGUGAAACAAAGGCCGAUGGUACCGGGGCCUCUUACUUUGCCGUUGCUGUUGUCAAAAAGGCCAAUUCUGGAAUCAACAUUAACAACUUAGCUGGGAAAAAGAGCUGCCACACUGGGAAAGGCCGAACGGCUGGAUGGAAUAUGCCCAUUGGAUACUUCAUCGACCAGGGCUACAUGUCCGUAAUGGGCUGUAAAUUCUCACAGAGUGUGGCACAGUUUUUCAACAGCAGCUGUGUUCCGGGAGCAAAUGAGGAGGCCGGUGAUCCCGCGUCUCUGUGCCAGCUGUGCAUUGGUGAUACAAACGGACAACACAGAUGUGAGGCCAGCAACGAUGAACGAUAUUACAGCUAUGAAGGAGCUUUUAGGUGCCUGGCUGAGGGUGCAGGAGACGUGGCCUUUAUCAAACACACAACAGUGGAAGAAAAUACAGACAAUCAUGGUCCAGAAUGGGCGAAACCUUUGAAGUCAGCAGACUAUGAGCUUUUGUGUCGGGAUGGCAGACGAGUUCCUGUCAGUCAGUGGAAGACAUGCAAUCUGGUCCGUGUCCCAUUCCGAGGCAUUGUGGUUGGCAAUCAUGUCACUCCAUCCGUGGUGUUUAACAUGCUUCAAGAAGGACUGGAGAAGUCUGGAUUCAACAUGUUUUCCUCCACACCUUACGGAGAGGGAACACUACUCUUCUCGGAGUCCUCCGUCAUGUUUCAAAACGCCGAGUAUGAUGAUCCGAAGAAAUGGAUGGGUCAGAUCUAUUAUAAUGCCAUGAGUGCUAUGGAUUGUAAACCUUCAGAAAGCUCUUUGCGGUGGUGUGUGCUGUCUGCGGGUGAGCAACAGAAAUGUGCUGCAAUGGGUAGUGCCUUUCAAAAUAAAGGGCUCGCUCCGAAUGUCAAUUGUAUUUAUGGGGACUCUGUGACGGACUGCAUGGAGAAAAUAAAGAGCAAUGAGGCUGAUGCUAUCACUCUUGAUGGAGGUUAUAUCUAUACAGCUGGCAAGGACUAUGGCUUGGUACCCGCUACUGGAGAGAGCUAUACAGCGGACAGGGAUGGCUCCAGUUAUUAUGCUGUUGCGGUGGUGAAAAAAAGUAGCUAUGACAUCAGGAGCCUUGAUGACUUGAAAGGCCUUCGCUCCUGUCACACUGGAUUUGGUCGAACAGCUGGUUGGAAUGUUCCUGUAUCGACCCUGAUAGAAAAAGGCCUGAUCAGCCCUCAGCGCUGUCAGAUCACCCAAGCUGUGGGUGGGUUCUUCAAGCAGAGUUGUGUACCUGGUGCAAAUCAACCCGGUUUUCCUAGCAACCUCUGUGGCUUGUGUGUGGGAGAUGACUCUGGACAAAACAAAUGCGAAAAGGGAAAGGACCUGUAUGAUGGUUACGACGGUGCCUUCAGGUGUCUGGCAAAGGGAGAUGGAGAUGUUGCUUUUAUCAAGCAUUCAACUGUUUUCAAAAAUACUGAUGGCAACUCUAGUGAAUCUUGGGCCACAGAUCUCCAUUCCAAAGACUUCCAGUUGCUCUGUCCCCAUAACACCAAAGUUGACGUCACUAAGUAUAGAUACUGUAAUUUGGCUCGCGUCCCCUCUCAUGCCGUAAUGGUGCGGCCUGAUGCCAACAUCCACGCGAUUUAUGGUCUCCUGGACAAUGCACAGACAUAUUUUGGCAGUGACACAGGUGCAGAGUUCCGCAUGUUCGACUCGCAGGCAUACAAGGGCACAGAUCUCCUCUUCAAAGACUCCACUGUACGUCUUGUGGGUGUAGCUGACAAAAAGACCUACAAGGAAUGGCUAGGCCAGAAUUACUUGGACUCACUGAUCAAUAUGGAGUGCAAUACAUCACAUAGAGUGAUUUCCUCACAGUGGUUUGUUGGCGUAAUGCUGCUCUGCUCCAUGUUGAUGACCAUCUGA